CAGUUUCUCCUCUCUUCACCUCCUCUGCUCUCAGCGGUAGGAGCAGACACAAAUCAAAGCCCAGUUUCUGUCUGUCCCAGUCUCUGGGUCUGCCUCUGUCUCUGUCUAUCCCAGUCUCUGCCUCCGUCUCUGUCCCAGUUUGCGCCUGUCCCAGUCUCUGUCUCUGAGAGGCUGCUGAAGGACUUUGAGUCGUUCAACCGUCCGACCUGUGCACCUGCAUCCUCUGAGGCUUCCCGAGGACACCAACAACUCCUGCAGCUCCGCACUGACAGCUGAGCCUGAUGAUGGAAAUGAAACUGGAGGUGUUUCUACCUGUGCUGCUGUGUGCCAUCUGUCUCCUCGUCCGGCCGUCGUCCUCUACCCACCACCAGGAGUCAGAUGACUCGAAGCUCCUCCAGGUGACCAUCCCCGCCGCCCCACCUGUGGCCGCUGUGCUGGGCGGCUCUUUGAUGUUACCCUGCCUGGUGUCUCUGGCACACCCGCCGCCUUCCCCCUCCACCAACGGCCGCCACGCCGUGCUGUCCCUCCCACGGGUCAAAUGGAGCGUGCUGACUCAUGGGCGCGAGGCAGAGAUCCUGGUGGCCCGCGGCGACAGGGUGCGAGUCAGCGAGGCAUACAAGGACCGAGCCUCGCUGCUCCAUUAUGCCUCGUCCCCCGCCGACCUCACGCUGCGGCUGGAUAACCUGAGACAGAACGACACUGGCUUCUACCGCUGCGAGGUGCAGCAGGGCCUGGAGGACGCCGACGACGUGGCUCAGGUCAAAGUCAAAGGGGUGGUGUUCCAUUAUCGUGAUGCAUCCAGCCGCUACGCCUUCACCUUUGAGCGAGCCAGAGAGGCCUGCGAGGAGAUCGGGGCUCAGAUUGCCACUCCGGAGCAGCUCCUGGCCGCCUACCACAGCGGAUACGAGCAGUGUGACGCCGGCUGGCUCUCAGACCACUCAGUGAGAUAUCCCAUCCAGAUGCCAAGAGAGGGCUGUUUUGGGGACAUGGAUGGAUUGCCGGGAGUGAGGAACUAUGGACUGUUAGAGCCUGAUGAGCUGUAUGACGUCUACUGCUACGUGGAGAAUAUCGAUGGUGAGGUGUUUCAUGGCUCCGCCCCCAAGCGCUUCACCUUCUCGGAGGCCAAGGCCUACUGUCUGAGUCACGGGGCCGAGCUGGUCACCACGGCUCAGCUGUACGCAGCCUGGAACGACGGACUGAACCUCUGCAGUCCGGGCUGGCUGGCAGACGGGAGCGUGCGCUACCCCAUCGUCACCCCCAGAGAGCGCUGUGGAGGCGGCGAACCGGGGGUCCGAACUGUCUAUCGCUACAGCAACCAGACGGGCUUCCCCGAGGUUCACACUCGACACGAUGUCUACUGCCUCAAAAGCAAUAACGGCGCUUACACAGAAUCUCCUCAGGAUUUCCUCGCCACUAAACCAGGGAACAUUGGCCAGGACAUUGUUUUCUUAACUAGUCCUGCAGAGGAGGAGUUCGGCCGGCGCGAGGCGACGGUGAAGGGGGGCGAAGAGGUCCAACGUGCCCGCAUGGCCAAUCCUGUUCAGCAGAGCCACAUGGAGGCUCAGGCCGUCACAUUGAGUUAUGACAAGCAACCAUUCACGGUAGACAUUCGGGAGUCUGUCACUCCUCCAUCUGAGCAUAAAGAGCACUUGUCCACAGAGAAGAGUACCUGGGAAGUCAUAGAAAAGGCCAGCCACACAGAGAACUAUCAGCCAGCAUCGGAAGAAAACACAGACGCAGAUCAUGAAGAGUCUGACACGUUUCCAACAAAUUCUCCAAAGGCAGAUGGUGUCCUAACAGUUGAUGAAGACUCCACUUUACCCACAAAUGAUGCGACAAUUCCAGCGAGCGCAGAGCCCUCAGAGCAUCAUAUUUCUGUGACUGAAAGCCUGGGUACGACAACUGUUAAUGCAACAUCUGGAGCUGAUGCAAACGAGGCCCUCAGCAGCUCUCUGGAAGUUCCUCAGGAGGGCGACCUUCCUCUUCUACAAGAGGACCACACUACAGAUGCUCACCUGGAUCUCACUUCUGAAGCCCAGCACGUCUACACGAGCACAUCUUACAAGGUUUCUGGGCAGCCAGAAGAGGCCAGCGCUGGUUCUGCCGAGGAGAUAUCAGCGGUGACGUCUUCACCCCACACCGAGGAAACAGAUGUUUACUCCACCACCCCGCUGCUGCCGUCUUUUGAUCACAGUAUGCCUGAGAACCAUCAGGCAGAAGAGGAGUCUGGAGAGGAGAGUGUAAACCCUCUUCUAGAUGGGGCAACACAAACCUCAGUGACUCAAAGUUUGGUUGGCAUGGACACCUCUGCACCCUCUGAACUGGCCCCUAGGUCUGAUUCAGGUUCUGAUCACACCGCAGAGCCCUCAGGUGUAACCGUGGAGUCAUCCCCCCCGGUCCGGCAUGAUGAUGAGGACUCCAGUAGCACUUCACAGGAGACCGUUUCAGAUGAUCCAACCGACCACAGUGGACACGUUAACCCUGCAGAAACCCCGACAGCAGAGGUCUUCACAGUCACAGAGGACUCCAGUGUAAACGCCCCGGUCCUGAACAGUGAUCCCGUCACCUUGUUGACAUCGCCUGUGUCUGUAACCCCGUCUCUUCCUUCUGUGGAGGUUGAAGCCAGCUCCCCAGAGAUAACAACCUUCAUACCCGAAAGCAACACUCCAUCUGGGGCCGAACCUCUGGUUCAGGGCAAACUCGAACGGGAGGUAUUACGAGAAAGCCCAGAGGUAUUCUUCAACAAAACCACAAAUAUCACAGACAGCGAUCCGGAGGGGAGGGAACAAGAUUCCAGAGAGGAAUCGGGUGAAUCGUCAGGAGGAAGCGCAGAGCUGACAAAUCCGACUCUGUCAACGGACCACACGUCUGCGGGAACGGACGGCGAGGAUGCCACUGAUGCACCUCAUCCAGCAGAUGUAAAAAUCACUCUGAUCCCUCAUGUGACUCUCACACUGGGCUGGGAACCAGAGGCUUCUUCUUCGUCCUCCACAGCGCAGGAGUCUCGCUCCGAUCUGGAGUACAGCGCAGAGCCUCCUUUGGCUAACGGAUCUGAAGACGUCUCUAAGGAGCCAGAAGUGACUGAGAUCCCCACCAGCGGCAUCACUGAACAUGGAUCAUCAGAGGGAGGUGCGGGGCAGACCAGCACAGAGGAGCCUUCAGUUAAGGUAUGCACAUGGCAUCUGGAUAAUGAGGAGGAAAGCUCCGGUCGGACGCUCAGCAGCGACAGCAGUGAUGUGACAAUCACCGCUCCCACCAUGUUCCCAGAGUACUCUGCCGUGGCUGCCAACGUUGCUGCAGGAUCAGGAGGCAUUUCAGCUGCAGACUCCUGCCUGGACAACCCGUGUUUGAACGGAGGCACUUGUGUCGACGGGGAAUCACCAAGCUGCGCGUGCUUACCCGGUUACGGAGGAGACUUGUGCCAGAAAGACCUGGAGGUGUGUGAGCCCGGCUGGGAGAAGUUUCAGAGCUUUUGUUAUCAUCACUUUUCCAAGCGGCAGAGCUGGGAGGCCGCGGAGCAGCACUGCCGCAUGUGUGGCGGACAUCUUCUUUCCGUCAUGACCCCCGAGGAGCAGGACUACAUCAACGACAAAUACAGAGAAUAUCAGUGGAUUGGACUGAACGACAGAACCAUCGAGGGAGACUUCCGCUGGUCGGACGGGAAUCCUCUGCUCUACGAGAACUGGUUCAAAGGGCAGCCUGAUAGCUACUUCCUGUCAGGCGAGGACUGUGCGGUGAUGGUGUGGCACGACGGAGGCCGCUGGAGCGACGUACCGUGCAACUACCACCUCUCCUACACCUGCAAGAAGGGCGUCUCAUUGUGUGGCGAGCCCCCCAAAGCUCCCAACGCUAAGGUGUUUGGGAAGAAGCGGUUGCGUUACGAGACCAACACCAAGGUGCGGUAUUACUGUGAGGAGGGCUUUGUGCAGAAACUGAACCCUGUAAUCAAGUGCCUGCCCGGCGGCCAAUGGGAAGAGCCUCUGAUCACCUGCAUCCCAACCCAUUCGAUGGAAGAAGACUCAGUGACCUCUCUUCCUCUCCAGCACGAGGAGGUCAUGGGCACGGCCACAGAGAAAGCAGCGCCGCUGUUCUGGGACAUUAAGUGGAACGUCUAAAGCCAUUAUGCCUUUUUUUUCUUCUUUUUCUUUAAAAAAAAAAUAUUUCACCUCCUCUUUUCCCCAUUUUCUUGUGUCUCAAAAGACUUUCCAGUCCAGUUUCUACAUUACAGUAAGUUGAACUGUAGAAAUCUAAUCUUUCAUAUUAAAAUCAUCUCAAGGCUACAGUUCCUACAGUCAUGGAAAAAUCUGGAAAACGUGCUUUAAUCCAAAUACUUGUUUUUCAGUAAAGUGAUGCAUGUCGUAAAGGUUAUGGGAGCUUAAAGUGAAUUUGGACAGUUAAAAAAAAGCUACCGUAAACCUGAAUGUCUCUUAAUUUAGAGAUCUCUGAAAAACAAUGCCACCCAAAAUAGCUUUCAUAUGAAGCAGUUAUAUCAAGAGAUAAGAGAGGAUUCUCCACACGGUUCAAACACUCAACAGUGGGCUUUUAUCAGCAGACAACCCUUUGAUUCAACAUCCAUCUUCCUGUUAUUCUUAUUAUUUUUUUUUAUCUCCGGACACUUUGUAAGACCCUCUCUUUUAUCUUUUGUCUUUCACAAAGAAGGAAAACUUUUAUGCAAGACGACAUGUUUUAUGUGAGACGGUCAUAUAAACGACCUGGAAUCGAAUUAACAAAAUGCAUAUGUACCCUGAAGUUUUCUUUACAGGAACUCAUAUAUCAACAUCAACAUCAGAAUAUGUUAAUAUUUCAGAGACACUUCUUAUUAAUCCUGUUAAUGUAUCAGUCUGUAAGAGCCUAAAUAAACCAAAUGAAAUAACAGUAUACAGUAUAGGGCUAUUAAGGGAUCCAUUCAUAUUUAAAAACAAAUAUAAUUCUGUCCUUUGCAGCAUAUUUACAUUACAUUACUCCAAUAAAAUAACAGUUACCUGCAGUAAGCUUUAGCUUUAAGUGAAGAUUGUCAAAAUGAAAAUCAGCCUGUUCAGUGACAAUGUUGAAUUAAUGAAUUUGACUGCGAGCGUGAUACAUGCCGUAUUUUAACACAGUAUAUAUAACAGACUGCCGUUGAUGAUAGUUUUGCAGCGUGUGAAUUCAUUCUCAGCGUCAUCUAAUCUGACAUUCACUGUAGCCUGUUGUACUUAAAAUCUGGA